CGCCUUUCCAAGACAUCCAAGGCACGCAUCAUUUCUUUAGAAUUAUCCGCUUUUAGCCUUUGCCGGCUGUGCUCACUAGUGGCGCUUCAACCAUUCUACGGAAGAAGAAAGUGUUUCUAGACUUCUUGAUUUCCCCCAAGAGUUGGUGCUGUGUGAGCCACCCCUUCCGCAAGUACUCUCCCCUGCAACCACCCCUCGCGUCGGUCGCGCCACCGCUACCCCUGCGCCACCCCCACCCCCUCCAGUCCGCAGUGUGGAGGUGGGAGGAGUGGGAGUGGAGGUGGAGCGGGACUAGCAGACGACGCAGCGCCAGGCUGUGCCAGUGCCGCAAGUGCCAGCGCAGUGCGCCGCUCCAGCUGUGCUGAGGCUGAGCCAACCACGCUCGCCAAAAUGUCAAUACUCAAGAUCGCCCUGAUCCUCCCGAAUAUCGUGCUAUUUGUGUUAAUUUGCCUUGCAGCAGGAAACCCCUUGGGAAUACUAUACGAGCAGCCAGAAAACUUCGAAGCGAACUGCACCGACUUCCAAGGCCAAAUAUUCCAACAUGGUCUUCGCUACGUCCCGGGCCCCAACGUCUGUUCCUUGUGUGUCUGUUACCAUAGUGAGCCAAUGUGGUGUCAAUCCAUCUACUGUGACCCCCCUAAUCGGUGCCUCAAUAUCUCGAUUGGUGAGCGCUGCUGCGACUACACGUGUCUGGACGACCCGCCACUCCCCCGCUGGCAUGGGUCGCGGCGGCACAGCACCGGGGCCGAGGGAGCGCCCCUGAGCCCCGCGCUCACCGUUGGACUGGCCGCACUCACCGCUUUCUGCACACUCUCCGCAUCGUGGACCGGCUCUCCGCGUCCUCAUCCCACACCGCCACUCAGCUAAGAUGAAAAAGGGGGAAAGGAAAUAGGAAACUGUCAAAGUGUACGGCUGUGGAGUGGAUGGAUGAGCCAUUUUGAAUUCCCGUUUUGAUUUUCCUCAAAUCGUUGUCUUGAGUUAAUUUGUCUGGCUCGCCGCGGUGCUCGAAGAUAGUCUGAGUUCAUCAGCUGCCUUGGAAGUAAAUCGUAGCUAAAGGCCAUCAUGAAGAGCUUUGCCAUUUUUAUCAAUAGUAGGAACAAAUGUUUUUCAAAAUCUUUCUUGCGCUAGACCUUAAAUAAUUUCUCCCUCUCUCUUUCCUGCUACGCCUCGCUGAAAAAGAUGCAAGUGACCCAUCGUGUGUUACUAGGGUCCGCUGACUGUACAUAUUGUCGGGGCAACGCAAUAUUUUUUACUUUUGUAUACAAUGUCAUCUCUCUAGAGCAGCUUUGGAUGAGGAAAUGACGAGACCAAAACUAGCAUUUUUUGUAGGUACGUACGUUCUUGUGCCGCAUAUUGUCCGUUGGUCAUGUGAGCAUAACCCGAGAGAGUAAACGAUAAACACCCCUGUAAGCCACGUCAUCAUGACCGUCAUUGUGAGUCACGCUGGCGUGACUGGUACGUUUUCAUUCAUGGGUAAAAGUGUAAGGAAACAAGGUGGUUUGUGAAUAUUUUCGCUCUAUUCUAAGUUUUGAUGUGAAGUUCAUAAAAAGCUUCAAAUGGAAAACCUUUGAAAGAAAAUGUACUGAGUAGUUUGGUGAAUGGUUUCUAGUGCACUUAAUUGCAAAAUGUCGCAUGUAAAUUUGCACAACGUUCACAGCUUUAUGUGGAACUGGAAAUAUUGCCUCCUGACAGUCGCGGAGACCAUUGCUUUAAAAUCAGGGUAAGCUAAGAGCUAGUCUGGCUUCGAAGAACAAGAAACAAAACACGACAAUAUUGCCACACGUGCUAAACCAUAGUGGUGAAUCAGAUACUAGGUAAACACGGUUUGGGCUCGAUAUUUUUAUGGGCUUUGUAGGUAAAAGAGUUUGUGAAUUGACUUAUUUUGAGGAUGCUUUCCCCUUCCCAUUCAAGUUCAUUCCACACAAUUGGAAGAUCAAUUCUGAAUCCUGAUAUGAGGUUUUUUUUUGUAGUAGCAAUGCUCAGUCAAUUGAUGAAGUAACGCCCGUGCACACACAGCGGCCACGGAUCCGAGUACAGAGUAGAGAUUUUGAUAUUGCUCAAAAUUCAUUAGUACGUAUGAACCAACGUGAUUCCAUUUUAGACUGCCUUGCUGUAAGCGCUUUCAAGUUGUGUUUGGAAGCUCCCAUUUUGGCAGUGCUGCAGCUUGACUGCGGUGUAGCACAAGCAGCGAACAACGCAACGCACAACUCAUUUGGUCACCCAGAUGCCGGCGCGACCUCGUGUAUCUCAUUGCAUAGACGCAUAACAUGAUGUUAUUUGUUCAAAGAGUAUAUUGAAAAUAUAUAAAUAUAUAUAAGUUUAUUAAAUCUUAUCUAAUAGUGUAUCGUGAUAAAUUCAUGUUAGUGACAUUUAUAAAGUAAAAUAAUGAAUUGGACCAGGGUGAAAGGAAUGUGUAUUUUUUCGCUAUCACAUGUUAGCAUAUCUCGGUGAACAAAAAUAUGUUGUGAAAUUAGCCCUUUAUGGCAAAUUAUUCCAAGUCAUUUUUAUCGCCGUUUCUAAUUCAUAGGCAAUGUGUUUCGCCAAGUGAAUGUGGCCAAUUGGCAAUGUACAUGAUCGAAAUAUAACGUCGCUGGUUUUAAAACA